AUGAUUUCCUUGAAGAAUCCGACACAAUCUACGAUAUGCUCACUCAACGGAAGAAUUUGGAUGGGACAUGACAUUACGAGAGUCGAGACCCCACUGUUGGAGGCUGAAUUCGCAAAAAUUGGCAAACCAGCGCCUACCGCUAAAUCAAUCAUAGAUACACUUCACUUCACAUCCUCCGACUCAGAGUUGGCCAAACUUGCGAAACAAUUUGGUUUAGGUCGUCAAGCCUACGGGAGCUUUAAGGAUUGCGGCAAGAAUCUUAAGGCUAUCAAGAAAUGUGAAGCCUUCAUGUCAAUUUUGGAGGAACCUGAGAGGAAAUAUGAGGAUGAUGUCCAUCCCAUGCUUUCUGUUAUCAAAUACUAUCACGAUGAAGCAGUAAACGCUCGACUUGCUUUCCAGUGA